AGUGAGUACAUUAUCUGUCAAUUUUUGUUCUGAAAGUGGACUUCUCCUUUAAGAGGUAACAGUUUUGAAAAACUGGAAAGAACAAAAAAAUACAGGCUAUUUCUAUGCUGUCUUAUAAAAUUUUAAUUUCUACAGAUAUAUCAAAUACGUGGCUUUACUGGUAUAUGGAUAUAUCAUUAUACAUCAUUACCUUUACACUAGAUGCUUUAUAAUAUAGACAGAGUAACUUCUGUAGAAUUAGCUACACUCUAAAAAAAAAAUGCUGGGUUAAAUACAACACAGCUUGGAAAAUUUGGUUGGGUUAAAUGUUGUCUUAUUUAAGUCAACUAUUGUUUAAAAAUAAUUUUAUUGCUGGCUUAAAAUGGCUUAAAAAAAAGGCUGGAAAUUAAAAAUCACACACAAUAUUAUAGAGGCAACAGAAAUAAUCAAAAAAUGAACAUUUGUUAUUAAGCAAGAACACCCAUGGACAAAAAUAUGAGACGUCCUUGUAUGUUGCAUAAUUAACAGCACAGUAAAGACUUUAUAAAUGAAAUAAAAUGCAUACAAACCUUUAUUUCGCUGAAGAAGUGCACCCAAUUGGCUGCGCAGAGAACCGCUCUCGCCUGUAGAGGACGCAAAAAGCCUGCGCUCUGACUGUAACUCAGCAGCUGGGUUGUUUCGUUGGAGACAGGCUCAACCCAGUGGCUGAGCAGAAAAAAAUAACCCAAUAUUUAAUAACCCGUUUAAAAUGACCCAGCAGUUUGGUUACAAAAAAACUACCCAGCACCGAGUUAAACAUAUUAAAAAAAUAACCCAAUAAAAUGACCCAACUAACUGAAAUUGCAUUUGGGUAAAUUUUUUUUUUUUAAGAGUGCAGAAAAACUAAUAUUAAAAGCAACCAAUAAAACGACCCAACAGGCUGAACCCUAUUAUUUUUUUUUUUAAUAACCCAGCAUUUUUUUAGAGUCUACCGUCAUCACAAUGUACUUUUAGUACACUCUAUAUUGCAUUUUGAGAGACAAAAAGUGCUGAUACUCAUCAAACUAGGAAUGACAAGAUUCACAUGAUUUCUUUAUGAAAAUGGUAAUCUUUAAUACAUGAGCUGUGUUGUAAAGUUAUGAUUAAAACUUGUUUGUCUUCCGAAGUCUGAAGGGUAAUAGUCUGUCUAAGCUCAAGGCAGAAGACAGUGAUGAUACACAGAUACUAUAUUAAGCACAGUAGUUUGCAGAUUCUGUUUAAAUUACACUUGCUUGGCUUUCAAGUCACAAAAGUGCUUUCACUAGCAUACAUUAAAAAUGCAUGAUAGAUACUAUUUCACAUAAUAGAACUCUUUUUCAAUAGUUUUGUUUUUUAUAAAUUACCAGACUAGCUAACGCUGCAAGUCUUUUUUGGUCCGGUCAUGAAAAUUAAUACCAAACUUUAAAUAUAAAUUCAUUAAGUCAUGAUUAUUUAUUUGAAAUUUCCGUGCAGCUGUAGAAAGUAGAAAGGACAUGUCGGGAGACAUCAGCACAAAAAAUAAAGCACAUUUUGUCUAAAUAAAACGGUACAUUUUGUACAUGUGUGUAUGCAUGUUUACCAUAUCUUGUUUUAUAGUGUAAAAAAAAUGUGAGAAAAAUGGACAUGAAUUUUAGCAGCUAGAGAAGAUUAUAGAAAUCCCAUAACUUUGGCAAAUUGUCACAAUACAUCAACCUCCUCGACAGAAGUCUGAAAUUACCUUAGCAUGGAUUAAAUAUUUAUGCAUGAUACCUCAAAAUCAUUUCGAGUUGUUUCACAGAAACGAUCUGUACAUGUGAGUGUACAAAAAAAAAAAAUCAGAUCUGACAAAACACGAAGAAUUUGUCAUGUGCAAUAUGCAGUAUUAUACAAUCAGCUGUUAAAUGACUGUCAAAAAUGUGGACAUUUAUUUCUUAUCACUAGGGAAUAAUAAGGAAGAACUGUAUUGGCCAGACACAGGUUAGUUGAUACACCUGCUGGUAAGUGCCUGUACCUGACAAUACCUAUCAAAUACCACUAGAUGGCAACAUUGAACUACCUACAAUAAUGAAAGGGAAAUUUUGCCCUUGAAAAUUAUAGGAUGGUGUUUUUAGCAUGCAACGAAUAUAAUAAAUCAUAAUCUGACACUGAAUACUAAUUGUGAUUCUAAUCAGAAAAUCUCUUCAAGUGAUACCUUUUGAAUACUGAGCAAAAACAGCCUUGAGUAAAUUGCAGGUCCUGGAUAAUUCUGUCAUUCAGUGAAUUUUAUAGAAAUGCAAAAUGAUGAUAUUUCAAAAAUGAUGUGAUGACAUUUAGGUGACUUCAUAUAAUGUUAAUGUUAACCAACCUGUCUUAGCCAAUAAAUCAUGUUACUGUACAGCACAAUCAAAAGCCACAUGUUUUCAAAUCUGACCUUUCCAGCAGCUCAGAUAAACCAAUAAUCACACUACAGAGCACAAUUAACCACACAAACAAAGAAAAAAACACGACUGUGAAAUAAUGUUGUAACAUACAAUAAACACCCCAGUGUACAACAUAUUUAUUAAAAUCCAAACAAAUGUUUGGUCAAGGAAUUUUGGGAAUCCCCCUCUAUAUAUGGGGGAAUUCCUGCUUUUUACUUCUAAAUAAAUUGACAUUAAAAUUAUAUAUAAUGUCCACUGAAAUUCCAUAAUUUACCAUAUAUGGUUAGGUAUUGUAUCUUACAGUUCACCAGCAUUUUCACAUUGUUUUGCCUUUUAAAUAAUAAUAAUAAAAAAAUAGCUGAGCCCAGGCUGAAAGACCAGCUCAAACCAGUUAAAACUAGCAAGAUGUCUGUUUCGGCAGGAGAGAAAAAUAAUAAUAAUAAAUAAAUAAAUAAAAAUAUUUAUACCCUGAUUUUGUUUAUCCACGAAGCCUUUGUUAUGUUCGGACGAUACGCCUUUGCUUUACCUACAUACAAUGAAAAACGCAUUUCAUGGCUGUAGUAAAAGCGGAACAUGAUUCAGCCCGUCGUCCGUGCGUUACGCGCGCAGGGGAGGGAAGACCCUCUCUGCCGGACGCCCUCGCAGAAUUGUGAAUCACACGCACUGGAUUCUUUCCCUCCCUCAAAAUGAUGUUACUACUAUAAGAAAGACGCGUGAUUCUCCAAGGCAAGCCCUCCCUCGGCCUGACGUCACUCACUCGCAUAAAUAAGGGAUCCGUCUCAUCAGAGUUCAUAAGCGAAACCCUCAGCGGACGAAAAACGGAGUAAAACGGAAUAACUGGAAUUUUGGCAUUAAACGGAAGACGCUAUAGCCGCAAUCACAUACAGGUUUGGAGUCAUGACUUUGAACAAAGGAGACAAGUUGAGGAACAUGGAUAAGAGAAGAGGUAGCAUGCCGUUUCCCCUCCACCUGCAGAACUUGCACAGAAGAAGCAUGCCGGUGGACGACCGAGAGCUGCGCUCGAUGCCCGAAACUCAACCCACCGAGCUGUCCAGCCUCAUGCGCUUCAGUCAGGUAGAGGAGCACAGGAACAGCUGCGUGUCCGACUCCUCCGACUCGGUCAUCUCGUCCGGCAGCGAUUCAGACGGCCAGGUCUACAAGGUGGUCCUCCUGGGCGAGCACGGCGUUGGGAAGUCGAGUUUGGCGAGAAUAUUUGGAGGUGUUGAAGACAGUAACGACUGCGAGGAAACAGGAAACACAUAUGACAGAUCUCUUGUGGUUGAUGAUGAGGAGACGUCAAUCCUUCUCUAUGACAUAUGGGAGCAGGAUAACAGCCAGUGGCUGAAAGAUCAGUGCAUGCGUAUGGGAGACGCUUAUAUCAUCGUGUACUCUGUGACAGACAAGUCUAGCUUUGAGAAAGCUUCAGAGCUGCGAAUCCAGCUGCGUAGAGCUCGCCAGUCGGAAAACAUCCCUAUCAUCCUGGUUGGAAACAAGAGUGACUUGGUGCGUUCCCGGGAAGUUUCUGUGGAUGAGGGCAGUGCCUGUGCCGUUGUGUUUGACUGCAAGUUCAUUGAGACGUCAGCCUCCCUGCAUCACAAUGUGCGUGACCUCUUCGAGGGCAUCGUCCGGCAAAUCCGCCUGCGCAAGGACAGCAAGGAAGAAAACGCCCGGCGCAUGGCCAACUGCAAGCGCCGUGAGAGCAUCAGCAAAAAGGCCAAACGUUUCCUGGGCCGCAUGGUGGCCCGGAAAAACAAGAAAAUGGCCUUCAGACAGAAGUCCAAAUCCUGUCACGACCUGUCAGUGCUAUGAAAAACUGGACUUAUGUGCCCUCUGAUACCCACGACCAGAAGCUGUGUGUUUUUCAUGCUAAUAUAAGGACUAUCUAGCUGUACAGACAAAUAUGAACUUGUUUUGUAAACUGAGAAGAGAUUAUAUAUAUGAAACAAAACUGACUAAAUCAUGUUGAUUAUGUUGACCGGCAUGAGGCUUUUUAUUGUUCUGUUACUUUUUCUCUGUGUUUUGCUGCCUUAAUAUGUAUAGUUGUCAAAUUCUGCGCAUGUAAAUAGGAGGUAAAUCCACAAAUCACAAUGUUCCCUUAAGGGAGCUGUGGGUGUGUUUGCACAAAGGCAAAAGAAAUUGGUUCUUUUUCUUAUGUGGACUUUAGCUGUAUCAGAUGUCUAAGGGAUGAGCACAAGUCAUUUUUCUUGCUGAAAUAACAUAUGGAAUCAAAUGUUACUUGAAACUGAGUGCGCAGGUUCGUAACUCAGCCAAGACACUCAACUAGGAAGUUUGUGGUUUUUUGGGGGGUGGGUGGGGUAUAGGGCAAGAGGCAAUAUAAAUGGGAUGUUUCAAUUUAAAAAGUCUGAUAUGGUUAUUCUGACAUCUAUGCUCCGUGUGCAAACGACAUAGAAGCAAUAAAUUAUGUGUUGUGAGCUGUUUUUAAAAACGUUUGAUUUGCACUUAAUGCCAUUUAAUAUUAUUGAGUUGUUAAUUUUGUUACAUGUUUACAAUUUGUUUUAUAAUAAAAUAAUAA